UUAUCCAACCAUCAAACAAUCUCCUAAACAAUUUAAAAAUCCACAAAGCACCCCAAAACAACUCUAAAAUGGCAUUCCUCUACACUUCUACCCUUCUAAUCAUUUCAUUGGCUUUUAUUGCCAUAGCUGAGGGAACAGGCGAUCGAAAGGCCUCUACCUCGAGCUGUAAGGAGGUUGGAACCCUUAUUCAUUUAGGGGACAAAGACAAAAUUCCCCCAGCAAGAGCAAACAAACCAGAUGUACAAAAUACUCUAAAAAUGUCUGGAAAUGCUCAAAUAUUCAAAACUACUCAAGUGACCUUAAAUGUGGACAACCAAGAGCCUUGUACCGUUAAAAUUAAUAAUGGCGAAACCAAAUGUAAAAUAACCGGAGAUGAAUUAAAUGGAAAAUUAAUUUUCGAAACUGAAAAAGGAACUGAAAUUUCUGUUCCUUUCAAAGAUGCUAAAUUGUUUUCUGGAAAUAAGUGUGUUAUUGAACUUGUUAAUUAUGACAAGGAAACUCAUGAAACUAAACUUAAAAUUAAUGGAAAUGAUUUUAUGAUUAUAAAGAAGGAUGGUACUGUUUCAACUAAGUGUGGCGGAAGAGCUAAAACUGUUUAA